AUGAUAAAACUAAAGCCCAAACGUGGACAAAAAUUGGAUGUCCAUAAGAUGUCCCGUAAAGGAUAUCCGUUCAAGGACAUCCUGUGCUAUCUGGGAGCUUCGUCCGCUCAAUCAACCUGUGCCUUGGCACUGAUCAGCUUAUCCACCACUCAUUACUCAGCGCGUCUACUCAUUGACGCAGGCUCAGAACUCACCUUCGUCACGGAGAAUCUCAUUUGGCAGCUCAACAUCCCUCGUCAAUACUCAAGUAUUGUCGUCACUGGAAUUACAGGCAAGGAGUGUACUCAGACACGAGGAGUCGUGUCACUUACGUUACGCUCGACACAUUCCAACUCAAAUGCCACAGUUCAAGCUCAUGUCCUCCGGACAGUUACAUCAAUCGUACCAUAUUUCGAAGCAGAACCGGAAGAAUGGCCGCAUCUCAGAAACUUGGCAUUAGCCGAUCCAGACUGUCUCAUCCCGCGGCCUGUUGACAUCCUCAUCGGAGCAGACGCUUACGGGCAAAUCAUCAAGCCCAAUAUUAUUAGGCAUUCUCCACUCAUGCCGAUAGCGCAACUCUCCAUUUUCGGAUGGCUCGUUCUUGGACCAGUCAACAGAGAAGCAAGACGCACAUCAACGCAUCAUGCUGCUACUCAAUUCAACGAGGAUGCUCUUAAUGAGCUAUUGACGAAAUUUUGGAUUCAAGAGGAGGUGCCUACUCACGAUGUCACUCAGUUCACUCCUGACGAGCAGAGGUGCGAGAAGCACUUCAAGACUACACGACUCUCAUGCUUCUUCAGAGAGGGAUUACGCAGACGAUUCUCAAGAGAUGUGAAUUAUCAACGUCUCUAUCAACAAUUCAUGAUUGACUACGAGACACUCAACCACAUGACGAAGGCAUCAUCCAUCUCCAGUCAUCGCUCACAUUUUCACCUGCCACAUCACGGUGUUCUCAAGCCGGACAGUAUUAUAACGAAACUGCAGAUGUUCUACCAUGGAUACGUAGACAUCGUUACAUUUUCGCUAUGGACAUCACCAAAAUGGACAGAUCGAUUCAGAUUCACAAGGAUGACUGGGAGUUACAGCGGGAUACUCUGGAUGGACAAUCAGCUCAAUGAGGUGCCAUAUCAUUCAACAACGGUCACUUACGGGACGAAGGUCGCACCAUUCUCAGCCGUACGGACCUUGUUACAAUUAGCAGAAGACGAAGGACAUAGUUUCCCACUGGCUGUGCCAGCUAUCACUCACGGCAGAUAUGUCGAUGACAUAUUUGGUGGUGCAGAUACCGUGCAACAAUUACAGGAGGUUGCACCUCAACUAAGGGACCUCUGCAUGGCGGGCGGCUUUCCGCUAGCAAAAUGGCAUGCAACUCAUCUCGACAUACUCAAGACUGUCACCGACAGCCAAGACCAAGGCUUACCAAUCACCUUCGACGAUUGCGCAACCAAGGAGCUAUGGCUGCACAAGCUCCAAUGGGAUGACCCACUGACAUCCCAGCUUUCAACCCGGUGGCUCAUCCGCAGAGAAGAACUCAUAGGCUUGGCCAAGCUCUCGAUACCUAGAUGGUUCAACACUUGGAGCACCUCUUCUGUGGAACUGCAAGGCUUCUCUGACGCUUCUCAAUUAGCAAUGACUGCAGUCGUGUACAUCUCCGUUCACGACUCAACUGGAUCCACGUCUUCACUUGGGUGCUCCAAAACUAAGGUAGCACCUCUCAAGAGGCUCUCAAUCCCUCGACUUGAACUCACGACUGCUCUACUGCUCUCUCGACUCAUGCAAUACGUCAAAGCCACUUUAAACAUGGACGUAACGGCAACUCACCUGUGGACGGAAUCUCUAGUGACACUCUCAUGGAUCAGAUCUCAUGCAUCACGCUGGAAGGAUUUUGUCAGAAACAGGGUGGCUCAAAUUGAAGAACUCACUCCAGCUGCUCACUGGAGAUACAUACCUGGAACUUCCAAUUCGGCUGAUUGCGCAUCACAAGGCCUCACGACUGCUCAGCUUCAAAACCACUCACUUUGGUGGACGGGACCACCAUGGAUACUCAAUCCAGACUUAUGGCCGUCGCAACCAGCACUCUCCGAAGAGUUGAGUGCAACAGAAGUUCACCCAGGCGUUUCGCUAUUGACGGUUACGCCAAGGACUGAUUCUCAAUGGGAACUCAUCUACAGGUACUCAAGCCUCACUAAACUAUUGAGGAUUACAGCUCUCUGUUUCAGAUUCGUCUCACGGUUGAGGAAGGUCCACGACUCAUUGCCUGUUAGACACAUCUCUCCAGAGACCUUGGAGAAAGCGAGGCUCUUCUGGAUUCAGGCAGCUCAAGCAACGUACCUCUCUCACGAGCUCAAGGCGCUACAAGCAGACUCACCGUUGGCAAAGGCACACGCAUUCAACCGAUUAACUGCGUACAUCGACGCUCAAGGAGUCAUUCGCGUCGGCGGACGACUCGCUCACGCACUAUCAUCAUUGAUCAUCGCUCACGCUCAUCAACGGACUCUACAUGGAGGCACGCAGCUUACGCUGUCGCACAUCCGACAACAGUACUGGAUUCUCGGCGGAAGGGCUCCUGUCAAGUCUUACAUUCUGCGGUGUGUCACGUGUGCUCGGCAGAGGGGGAUCCGUGCUCAUCAACUGAUGGGCCAACUACCCUUCUCUCGGGUUACGCAGACACGACCGUUCACUUAUACAGGUGUGGACUACGCAGGGCCACUCACCGUCAAAACGUGGAAAGGAAGAGGUGCCAAGACCACUAAAGGCUGGAUUUACGUCUUUGUCUGCUUCUCAACUUCAGCAGUACACCUAGAGGCGGUCAGUGACUACUCAUCCGAAGGGUUCAUUGCCGCCCAUCGACGCUUCUCAUCCAGACGCGGCAUUGCUCACACCUCACAAUCAAACUGCGGCACCAAUUUCAUCGACGCGGAUACAGUUCUCAAAAGGCUGUUUAUCCAGAGCACUCAAAACCAUCAACGCAUUUCUCAACUGCUCUCGCAAGACAACACCCGAUGGGAGUUCAAUCUCCCAGCGACACCUCACAGGGGAGGAAAAUGGGAGGCCGUCGUAAAACCAAAAGUAUCACCUACGGCGCACUAUUGGAGAAGGCGUGCUCACCUUUGA